AUGAAACAAUCAGCCACAUCAGCAGUCCGUAUGGGAACAUACAAUAUGCUCAAAGAGGCCACCAAAGCCAAAGGCGUCAAGAUAAACGUGUUCACGACAUUUGGAAUCGGCGCUGUGGCUGGGGUGGUUACCGUUUACGCUACUCAGCCUUUUGAUACAAUCAAGACUCGAGCACAGGGUGUUCAGGGAGCCAGUAUCACCGAGGCCUCGCGGAGCGUGAUGCGUGCGUGA